GGUUCAGAGAUUCAAGAACCUGCUUUAUUCAUUGUUGAGCUUAUCUAGGCUGUAAGUCUAAGGAGGGGUCAGAGGGCCUGGCUGGUGUUUUUCUUGCCUGAGGGCCAGUCUCAUUAUGAAUUCUGCACUUAACAGUUAAGUACUUGUUUACUAGGAAUUGAAUGGGCCAUCAAUCUUGAGCCACUGUCACACCUAGAGCUUUGUGAGGGAUCCAGGGUGUUUUUGCUCUUUGGAGGGCAAAGACAUGGGAAAGUCAAAUAAUUCCUUCACAACACUAGGAAUUACAGAGGAAAGGUAUGACAUUUGCCUUUCCAGUCAACUGCAGCAGUACCUGGUAAAGGUCCAGUGAUUUUUAGGAAGAUCCAGGAAAGAAGACGUAUGAGUCAGUUGGUAUGGUCAGGGAUACUACUCAGUAUUGGGUGAUUUUGGACUGACAAGCAGUACUGGGCUCAUUUAAAUGAUGAAAGGAAAAGAGGUCACAACUCUGGCAGUUUUGGGGAAGUGAGCAAGUCUUCCCCAAAGGAGGGAAGCAUCUGGUCCACAGUGAUUUCUUCCCUUCUUUGCCCAUCCUGGCACUUGGGGAAAUAGAAUUAAAAACAUAAAUUCUUCCCAACCCAGAAAACCUCUCUAACAAAAGUAGAAGAGAAAGAAAACACUCUUACUGAGUAAGUGUUAAGCCAGAAUAUGGUGUGCAUCACAGGCAAUCCACUAAAGAGACUGCAGAGAUAGAAAGCUCCUCUUACGUAGAUGAGUGUAGAUUCAACCCAGUUUUGCAGUUUGGCAAAUUUGUUAGGUGACAAGUUAGCCCAUCUCCUCCCAGGAAACUGGGAGCUUGGUACAUUCAGAGAGAUGGCUACCAGGUCCUUGAGGAACCUUUCCUGAAUUGUGAGGCUUAUUUAGCCAUUAAAAAGAUUUACAUAUAAUUGGAAAGGACUGAGAAAGAAAUUCUGGAAGGAAACGGGGCGGGGGAGCUGGAGGCUCCUCCUUCAUUUCCAGACAGCCUCUUACUUUUAAUUUGUGUUUGCAGUUACAGGUCAGAAUAUUCCUGGCCUUGUGACCUCCUUCCUUGGUUUUGGGCGACAGUAAAGAGAAAGCAAACUGUGACCUAACACUUAUUCCUUUGGAAAUGUGUCUGAAGGAAAUAAACUUUGCACACUUUACUGGUGAUGUGCAGGAGUCUGUGACAUUCAGCGAUGUGGCCGUGCUCUUCAGCCAGGAUGAGUGGCUAUGCCUGGAUUCUGUGCAGAGAACCUUGUACCGGGAGGUGAUGCUAGAGAACUACAACACCCUGGUCUCUUUGGGAAUUAUGUUUUCCAAACCAAAAGUUAUCUUCCAGUUACAGCAAGGGGAAGACCCGUGGAUGGUGGAAAAUGGAAUUUCUCUUGGUGCAUGUCUAGGAUGGGAGAGCUUGUUUGAAACCACGAUUUCCAAAGAAGAAUAUCAGGAAGUAAUGAAUAAACUCAUAGGUGAUGAUACUUUUGACUUCAAGUUGGGGAAAACCUACAUAAGUGAAGACAAGCUAGAGAAGCAACAGGGUAAAAAGAAUAAACCUUUCAGGAAAGUCUCAGUUACCAUAACAAAAACCUAUGCAAAAGAGAGGAGCUUUGUAGGUAUUGAACUUGAGAAAAAUCUUGGUCUAAAAUCAUCACUUAUUAGGAAACCCAGAAUUAUUUCCAGAGGAAGGAAGCCCCAUUCACAGCAGUAUUCAGUUCUAUUUAAACAACUGGGAGUCAAUACAGUGCGAAAAUGUUACAAAUGUAACAUCUGUGGGAAAAUUUUCCUCCACAGUUCUUCUCUGAGUAAACAUCAGAGAAUCCACACUGGAGAGAAGCUCUAUAAAUGUAAGGAAUGUAGGAAAGCUUUUAGCCAAAGCUCAUCCCUAACUCAGCACCUGAGAGUUCAUACUGGAGAGAAACCUUAUAUAUGUAGUGACUGUGGAAAAGCAUUCAGUUUCACUACAUCUCUCAUUGGACAUCAGAGAAUGCAUACUGGAGAGAGACCUUAUAAAUGUAAUGAAUGUGGAAAAACAUUUAAAGGUAGUUCAUCUCUUAAUAAUCACCAGCGAAUUCAUACUGGAGAAAAGCCCUAUAAGUGUAAUGAAUGCGGGAGAGCCUUUAGCCAGUGCUCAUCUCUUAUUCAACAUCAUAGAAUUCAUACUGGAGAGAAACCGUAUGAAUGUAGUCAGUGUGGAAAAGCCUUUACUUCAAUAUCACGUCUAAGUAGACACCAUAGAAUUCAUACUGGAGAGAAACCUUUUAAUUGUUAUGAGUGUGGUAAAGUAUUUAGUUAUCACUCAGCUCUUAUUAUACAUCAGAGAAUUCACACAGGUGAGAAACCUUAUGUAUGUAAAGAAUGUGGGAAAGCCUUCAGCCAAAGCUCUGCUCUCAUACAACAUCAAAGAAUUCAUACUGGAGAAAAGCCCUACAAAUGUAAUGAAUGUGGAAAAGCUUUCUCCUGGAUUUCACGGCUUAAUAUACACAAUAGAAUCCAUACCGGAGAGAAACCAUAUAAUUGUAAAGAAUGUGGAAAAGCCUUCAGUUCCCACUCAGCAGUUAAUACUCAUCGAAAAAUUCACACUGGAGAGAAACCUUAUAAAUGUAAUGACUGUGAAAAGGCCUUCAACCAAAGCUCAGCUCUAAUUCAGCACCAGAGAAUUCAUACUGGAGAGAAACCAUUUAACUGUAAAGUGUGUGGGAAAGCCUUCAGGCAAAGUUCAUCCCUUAUGACACAUAUGAGAAUUCAUACAGGAGAAAAGCCUUAUAAAUGCAAAGAAUGUGGAAAAGCUUUUAGUCAGAGCUCAUCCCUUACUAAUCAUCAGAGGACUCAUACUGGAGAAAAACUAUAACCUCAUAUUUGUAAUGAUUAUGGGGAAAGUUUUAGUCAGAGUCUUCGUCUUAUUGAACACCAGAGAAUUCAUAGUGGUGAGAAACCUUACACAUGUAAUGAGUGUGGAAAAAAUUUCAGCCAUAGAUCAUCCCUUCUUGCCCACCAGAGAAUUCAUACUGGAGAGAAACCUUACAAAUGUAAUGAAUGUGAGAAAGCAUUUAGCAGCAGUUCAACUCUUAUCAAACAUCUGAGAGUGCAUACUGGAGAAAAACCCUAUCAAUGUAAGGAAUGUGGUAAAGCCUUUAGCCAGUGUUCAACCCUCACAGUACAUCAGAGAAUUCAUACUGGAGAGAAACUCUAUAACUGUGGUGAAUGUGAGAAGGCCUUCAGCUGUAGAGCAAAACUUUAUAGACAUCAAAGAAUCCAUACAGGUGAGAAACCCUAUAAAUGUAGUGAGUAUGGGAAAGACUACAGCCAGCUUAUAUCCCUGGCUGAACAUCAGAGGCUUCAUACUGGAGAACAACUGUAUAAAUGUUUGGAAUGUGGGAGAACUUUCACAUGCAUCUCAACUGUUGUUGAACAUCAGCAAAUUCAUACUGGACAGAAACCCUAUCAAUGUAAUGAAUGUGAGAAAACCUUCAACCAAUAUUCAUCCUUUAACGGACAUUAUAAAAUUCAUACUAGGGAGAAACUUUAUACAUGUGGAGAAUGUGGGAAGGCCUUUGGGUGCAAAUCCAACCUUUAUAGGCAUCAGAGAAUUCAUACUGGAGAGAAACCCUAUCAAUGUAGUCAGUGUGGAAAGUCUUUCAGCCAAUAUUCAUUCCUGACUGAACAUGAGAGAACUCAUACUGGAGAGAAACUCUAUAAAUGUGUGGAAUGUGGGAAAGCCUACAGUUACAGAUCAAACCUUUGUAGACACAAAAAAGUUCACAAUAAAGAAAAACUCUAUAAAUGGAAGGAAUAUGGGAUCAGAGAUUUCCUGGAGAAGAUAAGCCCUGUGAGGUUUAAUUUGUCUCUCAAAUAAUUCAAGACUUCUCAUUGGAGAAUAAUCAGGAGAAUAAUAAAUAAGGCACAGACUCCUGAUAGAGUUUUUUACUUCUCCUGGAGAAAAUGUGCUAGUUACAACUAAGUAAUGAUAAAAUUGGUCAAUGAGAAUUUGAAAAGAACUGACUUGUCAAAUUUUGUAAGAACCAUUAAACUCGCCCUGGCUUGUGUAGCUCAGUUGGCUGGAGUAUCAUCCUAUACACCAAAAUGUGGCAGGUUUGAUUCCUAGUCGGGGCACAUA